GUUAAACUUGAAAGUGUCAUGGAAUAUGGCUCAUUGACUCCCAAUAUCCCUGACAAUAGACACCGCUCGUCUCUUGGUGAUUCGUGCCCUACUAUAAAUUCUACAAGCUUUACCGACAGCUACAAUGUCCACCCCUCCUUAAAACCUAAUCGUUAUCAUGUACGUGACACUUCACCUGUUCAUUUUACGGCAAAGCUCUCCCCAUCUGACCACUUAAUGAAUCACCAUACUACACAUGCGCUUCAAGUAUCUCAUACGUCAAUGUCUCAACAAUUGAAUUUGACCCCUAAUAGUUCCACCUUUACCCAACAGCCUUCUGGCCAAUUAGUUGCUCCUGUUGCUGCUCAUCCAAAUGUCACUGGUGUUGCCGUCACACCGGGAGUCGGACAGUCAGCUGGGAUCUUGGAUUCUUCCGGCUCGCUUUUGCCAACUCUCUCACAGCACAAAUCGGGUUCCGCUUUUCAGCCACGUAUUGUACAACCACAACAAUAUCUGUCUAGUUGUUCUAAUAACUCUCCCGGUGUCAUGCACCAAUCAUCUACAAAUAGAUCGAUACUUCAGACUCAGACAUCCUCAUCCACUCAGCCUCUCCCACCUUCAAGUAACCCAGUGGUCAGCAUUCCCGCUCCUAAUAAUAAUGCUAUAGGGAUUAGUCUCACUCCUACAAAUAAUUCACUUGGAUGUGGAGUAGCUGCAGCAACUACUGGCACUAUUGAAAUCCCCAAUGCAAAGCCCAGUGAAGCUCUAUUCGUGCGGGCGCUUAUCGGUAGGUGCAAACGACUUGCUCCUCUCUGGUUUCGGUGUGUUUCUUCUAUGCGAGAGCGUAAUCGUGAAGAAAAUAGACGCGCCGCCACAAACUGCGGACAGUCACAAAAUGACUGGACAGCUGUAGCAGAACGAGUUGCGGUCUAG